ACCCAAGUUAGAUCCCAGAAACUCCAUAUAAAGCAGGGUGUGGAUACUCGCGACGCGGCUUUCUUUCCCACAAUCCCUCGUGCCCGUCCUUUCCAGCUUGGGCCCAGCAGAAGCCCCCCUGUCGCCUGCAUUUUUUUAGAUGGCUCCCGCAAAGAAGGGUGGCGAGAAGAAGAAGGGCCGUUCUGCCAUCAACGAGGUGGUGACCCGAGAAUACACCAUCAACAUUCACAAGCGCAUCCAUGGCGUGGGCUUUAAGAAGCGUGCUCCUAGGGCACUCAAAGAAAACCGGAAAUUUGCCAUGAAGGAGAUGGGGACUCCAGAUGUGCGGAUUGAUACCAGGCUCAAUAAAGCCGUCUGGGCCAAAGGAAUAAGGAAUGUUCCAUAUCGUAUCCGGGUACGUUUGUCCAGAAAACAUAAUGAGGAUGAGGACUCACCAAACAAACUCUACACAUUGGUAACUUACGUGCCUGUUACCACAUUCAAAAAUCUACAGACAGUCAAUGUGGAUGAGAACUAACCUACUGAAUCUCAAAUAAAGUUGGAGAACAGCCUUCAAAAAAAAAAAAAAAAAGCAGGGUGUGUACCCCCCAUCACUGAGAUGAAGACUGCACGAUUCCUGGUGAAUCUUAAGGAACACCACCCGAGGCUGACCUUUGUCCUCCACGUUUGUGUUCUUACACACAUGGAAAUGCACACACACAAAAAUAAAAACACACAUCAUAUGUCCCGCUCUUUGUCUCUAUCACAUCCUAGGCUGAGCCUGACCUACAGAAACUGGCACAUUGGGAGCCACUCAAUAAAGCCUUAACAUCUGCCUGCUUUGAGCUAAAUUUCACCAAGACUGGAUACAACAAUCUCAUUCCAACCAUCCCCAGCUAGUUGCUGGUACAAAAGGCAAUGGUUUGUCUCAUCAACUUCUAGUGAUGCUAGUUACAGGUAACAUUGUAUAUGGAAUGGAAGUCACAUGUAUCUGAUCUACUCUAGUUAGCAGAACAUAAGAAACACACCUCUAGCAAGUACCGAAUGCACUUAAGUACAUACACGUGACAGAAAACACUAAGUUCUACCAGUUACCUACAUGAAAAAUACCAGCUAUCAUAGUAAGUCUGAUCAAUGGUGUGCUUCCUGGUAAUGAGGGUUCCUUGGUUUGUUUAGGAGCUCUCGAAAUUUCAUAUAGUAGCAACAUUUUUGCCAGAGUACAAUUGUGUAUAAUUUUCUUCACUAUGCAAAUCCAUGGUGAUUUGCUCAGAAAUUAUAAAACUUUUACAUCCCUAAACUAUUUGUAUACAAAAAAGCCUCCUCAUAAGCACACACACACACACACACACAAACACACACAGAGGAAACCCAGGACAGAUAUUGCCCAUUACUAUGAAAGAAAUUUUAAGGAAAAAACUUUUUUUGCUUAUUGUUUUUGAGACACGGUCUCCACCUAAAGCCCAGGCUGACCCUGAACUUUUGAUCCUGCUGCCCAGUGCUGAGAUUAUUGGGUUGCACCAUGUUUUAGCCGUUUCUUUUUUUUUGCUUGUGUAUGUGUAUACCGUAUGUGCAUGCAUGUGUGCUUGCAUGUUUGAGAGUGUGUGUAUGUGGGGGGAGGAGUCAGAGAUUGAAGUCAGAUUUUCAUGUCCCACCUUACAAAGUCUCUCAACUGAACCCCAACUUGCCAGUCUUUCUAGUCAUCUUGUUCUCAGGGGCUCAUCUCUACCUCCUGAGUGCUGGGACUGCAGGUGUGCUGCCAUGCCCAGCCUGCACUGAACAGAUACUGGGGACUUGAACUCAGGUCCUCCACUUGUGUGCUAAGUACUUUUCCCAUCAUCUCUCUAGCUAACUUCCACCUUUAAAACACAAACACGCUCGCUCCCUGUAUUUAUAGCCACAGUCUCAACAAUCAUUUUGCUUAUUUUCCCUCUUAUUAUUACAGACCACACAUAUGCACAAGAUGCUAUCCCACUGGUGCCGGUUCCGUAUCCUACAAUUGCUUGUAGGAGCAUCAUAAACAUCUUUCCAUUCCCGGCGGAUCACUCCCGCAGCAUGCUAGCAUGUUCUGGUCUUUCAGUUAGUUAAAGGCGGGAGAGGGGAGUGGAGGAUGGACAGGAUCGAACUCUGCCUCCUUCAUACUAAUGGACUGAAAAGAUUUGCAUCUUUGUUCUUCGACGUCUGUUCCCAUUUCCAAACUGCUCUUGUGGAGAUCACCAACCACUAUCCUCUCCUUGCACCACGAAUCUCACACUUCCCUCUCGAUUAUGAAAUUGUCACAAGUACGGAUUUGUAUCGCAUGAAUGUAAGUUCUAUGGAAACAGGGAGCUAAAUGAAAAUAUAAAUCUACUGCUGAAUCCCUGAGCCUAAGAUCAUCCCCACCAAAGAACAACAGGCACGUGGUAUUUGUUGGGUAGUCUUGCAAAUUCAGGAGCAUCCAGUCUCCAAUCAAGAAGAGAAUGCCAUCUUAAUAAUCAGGGACACUCUGUCCAUAAGGGAAAGUAUCAUUGAAAAAUUGGUGGCUCGGUGGAUGGGUAGAUGCGGGCAGCAGCCACUCAGCUUCCGGCCUAGAGUGGCUAGCAUCUCACUGACUGCAAGAACGGCAGAGUCUACAGAGAUAGAUGGCCCCAGAGAGCCGGAUCCCCAGAAUGGGUACCCCAUCUAGCUCACUAACAAGGGGAAAGCUCGGGCUUUUGAAAUAUACACCACCCUUGAAGGAGGGGCUAAGGGAAUCUUUUAGGUGAUCUUUACCAGGAGGGAGUGUGAGAGCCAUGGAAACCAACAACCAAAUAGUUGGACUGAAUAUGGGGUCCUCUAGGUGGGGGAGUGGGGGCUCAUUCCAUGAACCGUGGGGCCGCCAGGGCCUCGUGCUCGGUUAUCUUCCCUAAUUCUAAGGGUCAUUAAUGGU